AUGUCUCUCGGUAUCCAAGAUGAGAAUCUGGAGCACAGUAACAACACUCACAAGCACUUUAUCGAAACCCUGGUCUCUGCUUUCGAGGUUCUUGGGGGCGAACAGUGGCUGUCAAGCGAGAGUCAGAAGCGACAAGAAACUUUCGGCUCUACAAAGGAGGUUGAGAAUGUCAUAUUCACCAAUCCUUUCUUAAGUCUUCCGGUCCAUCAUAUCGACGACGAAACUAGCGAAUCAACAAAAUGUGACACACCUGAGGUUCCCAUCAAGGACUAUUGUGUCACUGACGGACCAGAUGAGUCUAAAGAGUAUGCUGUCACAGUCUUCAUGGUCUUCGUGGAAGGUAAAAGAUUACGAGAGCUUAUGGAAAACUAUUGGAAGUCAGUCGUACACUCUCAACUCAAUAUCGCUGUAGCGGGAGUCAUGUCCAAUAUGGCGGUUGCAUUGGUCAAGUCAACAGCCUCAGCCAUCUUUGUGGAAUCGGACAGCCGAGGAGGAUCAGGUGAUUCGUACAUCGACCUCAUCAUGGGAUUCACGAGCGGAGAGUUUGACAGAGCAGACGAACUCGUGCAAGCCAGAGGGGGCGUCAGCUUUCGUGAAUCAUUCAGCCUUCACAUUUUCAACUACCUCGUCGAGUUUGUCACCGACUACCAGACCAAUCGCACUGGUAAACCGACUAAACGUCUGCAGGCUGAUUUGGAUAAGUGGGAUCCGAUCUGCAAUCUCCGUGAGCUUUCGCCAGACGAGCGACUCCAUUGGCGGCGUUUGUACAUCCUCAACUGGCUUUACGACCUCGUUAAUGUCUUCUCGCAUAUCAUAAGGCACGAGAAUGGUGUCGGAAGAGACCCACCGGAAACCAUUACCUGGUCCCUGAAGGGGCCAUAUCGUCGGGACGCUCGGUUAUUCGGCCUUGAAGACUUUGCCUCUAGUGUCACAACUUGGGCAAUGCAGAAGCCUGGCACAAAAUUUCAACGAAAGAUCCUCUUACAUCAUGUUUUCCAGCUUCACUGCAUCGCCGACUCUUUCACAACUUCAUGUGGCUGGUCACCAAAUCAUCGAUUCCUCGAUCGUCACACUGAUGGAGAUAGUGUUGGUUUUGUCAGAGGAGCAAAAUCGUUGCUUAAUGCUAUCCAACACACGCCUUCCUUGUCGAGGUUCGCUCACAGGAACAACAUCUUGCAAGAAUUGGAGUUUCUUUUGACGCAGUUCGAGACCUGGCUUGGUGUGUCUGACCAUGCUUUCGAUGCUGAGAACGGUCCACCCUCACAUUUUGAGCAGGAACACAAUACUCGGGAGAGCAGUCGCAACGGUUUAUGGAGAUAUUCCCCUUUCUUGUGCGCUGUUGGCCUGGCUGAAGCUCUUGAUGUCGCCUACAGGAUCAGCAUUAUCGUGUGGAAUGAGCUAGUUGAGCCUGUUCAACUUUGCAAGAUGCACACGAUACUUGCCGAUAAAGGAUAUCUUGCGCAGGAACUGGACCGAUUCGUGGAUCUUGAUAUCAUGUUCACCAGAAAAGCUUUUCACAAGGCGACCGCUCCUACUGAACAUCCUAAUGUGUUGCUAUAUCAAGAGUUCGACUGGAAGUUCUGGUGCAUUCCAGAGGAAAAGAUCAUCCCAUCCAGCACACUAGGCGCGCUUCGCAUAGCUCGCACGAAACGCACAAUCCACCCUGAGACCGGCAAGAUGCGAUUCGAGGACACGGAGCGCUACUCGGAAGUCGUGGUAAGUGGAAUGGUGACAGCAGCCAAACAUCUCGAAAAACAUCACACGCCGGCCGCCAGUCUCGGCUACAAGGAUAUCACGGCCAGCUCACAAGGCUUGGGUGUCUCCAUCGACAAGGACGCUAUGUUGUCAACAUUUCAUCUAUGGGGUCUAUUGCAAGCAGAUGUUUUCGACGACAUUUGCGGCCGUCACCCACUCUGUGGCUUCAACUAUCUGUGGCUCGCAGCCAUAAUGCUCGCAACCUGGGCCAAAAUCGAGGAUAAGCUGGAGAAACUCCAAUCACCACUGUACACAGCGAUCAGCGGAAUGAAUCAAGGACUCAGGCGUCUCAUUCUCAUGAAACAAAUUCGUGACUGUUCGUCUCCAGAUCACAAGAGAUGUGCUGAGACUAUCGCCCAAGUACUCCAGAGCAUCAAUGUAUUCAAAGCAAACUGCACUUAUUGGGCUGGGUUCUACUGUUUCGUUUGUGGAAAGGAAAACUGCAAUGGGGAAGACUGCAUCAACCAGUCGGAUGAACUUGAAUCGAAUGAGGGGUGA